GUGAGCUGCCAAGUGGGAGUUGCGAGCUCCACAAACCGAUUUAACAAAACCACAGAGGACACACGUCAACAAUAAAUAGUCUGUCACAUAGUCCAUGAGUUACCUUCACUGCGUAGCAUGGAUUCUGCCUUCCAGUGAAACUUUCCAGAGAGCCGAAUACAACAAGCCUACAUUUGCGUCCAGCUCACUGGAGUCUGGUGACCAUCCUGCCCCGCUCACACCUCUCAGAUGGUGUUAAAGCACUCCGUACCAGUGACAGUGGUUCAAAGCAGGAAGUGCUCUGUGCAAUCAUCUGGUGGCCCUUUACCAGACAGUGCACUACUCUCAACUACACAUUCCUGCUGCACCACCAGUUCACAGCUGCACAGACACAGAACAGAACAGAGUUGGCUCAAGCCAAGAACACUUCCAUGGCCAAGCUGCAGCCCCCCCAGGCGCUCCAGAGCCAGCCAGCAGCCCCAGAUGGUGGGUGGGGCUGGGUGGUGGUGGGGGCCCUGUUUGUGACCUCUGCCCUGGUGUUUGGGAUAAUCCGGAGCAUGGGGGUCUUCUUUGUGGAGUUUGUGCAGUACUUUGGGGAGAGCGCCCAGGCUGUGUCCUGGAUCACAUCCAUAGGGUUGGCCAUGCAGCAGUGUGUCAGUCCAUUUGGCACAGCGUUGUGUAAUGGAUACGGUGCCAGACCUGUUGUGAUGGCAGGAGGUUGUCUCUCUGCACUCGGCUUCAUCCUGGCCUCACAGGCCACCUGCGUCACACACCUCUACCUCACCUUGGGCAUCAUCUCAGGUUCGGGCUGGGCAUUAGUCUUCACUCCUAUGGUGGCGUCAGUGAUGCAGUACUUCACCCGGAAGCGCUCCCUGGCCAUGGCGCUGGGCUUUACGGGCGUGGGCCUCUCGUCCUUCGCCUUCUCACCCCUCUUCCAGCUCUUGAUGGAGAUGUACACCUGGCGGGGGGCCCUUCUCAUCCUGGGGGGCCUCAGCCUCAACAUGGUGGCCUGCGGGGCCCUCAUCAGGCCCCUGGGGACUUACAAGGCUGUAGCUGCGCUGGCCCCAGGUGAGAGUGCCUGGUCCUGCGCCUCCCUCUUCCACCGGGCCUACUCCUACCUGGAGCUUUCCCUCCUCUUCCAGCGGCCCUUCCUCACUUACAGCCUGGCCAUCACCUUCUUCAACUGUGGCUACUUUGUGCCUUACGUCCACCUGGUGGCCCACAGCCGCCACGAGGGCUUCUCCCAGUAUCAGGCUGCCUUCGUCAUCUCAGCCACGGGUGUGACGGACAUCGUGGGCCGUGUGGUGUCCGGCUGGGCCUCGGACCUGGGCCGUCUCCGUCUGCCCCACAUGCUGGUCCUCUGGACGGGCCUGUUGGGCCUCUCCCUCCUCAUGCUGCCCCUGGGCUCCCUGGGGGGGUCCUACCCGGGCCUGCUCAUCAUCAGCCUAGCCUAUGGGUUCUGUGCCGGCGCCAUGACUCCCCUGGUGUUCUCGGUGGUGCCGGAGAUCGUGGGCAUGGAGCGGAUGCUGGGCGCCCUGGGGCUGCUACAGAUGAUCGAGAGCAUCGGGGGGCUGCUGGGGUCACCGCUUUCAGGUUUGUUGAAGGACCUGACAGGCAGUUACACGGCCUCCUUCCUGGUCGCUGGUGGUUUCCUCCUGCUGGGUACCAUGGUAAUGACCACUUUGCCUCACUUCUUCUCCUGCACCGACCAGCGCCCUCUCCAGAGACACGCCCGCAACUACAACAACAACAAGCAGCAGAACCAGCAGAGCCCUGAGUCUGGCCUCAUGACCAACUCCCUAUCAGAGAAACUCAACCACAUAGAUACCAUACCGUACUCUCAACCGCAAGUGGACCGCGACAGCCUCCAGCCGGAACCAGAGGUGUACAUGCCUUUAAACUGAAGCAGAACCGAUGAUGCCACUACUAUAUGCUGAUUGGUUGCGCGGCGUUAGCAGCCAUACCUUACUUAGCCAAUAGGGCGGCUGAAUGCCUAGUUUCUCAGUGGAGUUUCCCCAUUGGUCUGGGGAGUACAUGGUUAAGGUGCACGAGUGCUACAGGUUUAUAUUCCGAAGUCAUGUACAUAUGUGGAGCAGGAAGACACAGAUAGCAAGGCAAAAAUACACAUGGGCAGUGUGGGAUGUCUACCGUACACAUCCAACCAGUAUAUCGUGUUACAUAUGACUUGGCAGUGUUAUGACCAUGGCAUUUCACACGCAUAGCUUCUAACCAGAGGAGCCUGGUGGGAGGAUCUAUAGGAGGACGGGCUCAUUGUUAUGGCUGGAAUGGAAUCAAUGGAACGCUAUCAAACACAGCAACCAUAUGGAAACUCCGUUCCAUUGAUUCCAUUCCAGUCAUUACAAUGAGCCCUUCCUCUGAUAGCUCCUCCACUACUCCAUAUGUCACCAUGACUUUCAGAAUUUGCUCAUGUGAAGUCUUAUUUCGUUUUCUAGCUGUAGAGAAAAGGUCAACAUGGUGGGUGGCAUUCAGUAUAAGAAGUCCUCAGGCAACUCAGCUAGCUAUACAUCACAGACCAUAUCAUGUGACAGACUAGUUCAUGGCAUAUGUCCAACAUUUUUUACCCUUCUCUCUCUCCGUCCAAACAGAGCCUUGGGGUAGCCCACAGUAGGCUACCAUAUCACUGCAGGAUCAAUGUAGGUGUACUCACAAGAUCAACCACAUCUGGAUGGCAGAAUGUUUAUUUUGUAAGGAACUUCUAAAGGCUAAACAAGGAACCGUUCACACCAGGGCCACCAUUAGCAUUCAAUAUCUUCAAUGAGAAAGGCUUCUGAUUUGUUAUUUUAAACACAUCAGUCGGUCUCUAUCUGUACCCAUACUAAAUAGGUAGAGGGGAAUCUGGUUUGAGUUCUUUCCCCCACCCAACUCUCUGACUUGUCUAGUCUAGUAGGCUAUGCGUGAGUAAGAUUUAAGUAGCACUAAUCCGUUUUCUUUUAAUCAUUCUCUGGAAUGAUAUAUUCACAUGAGUCAUUUGGUGUUCUAUGUCAAAAAAUGGAUGAUUGUUUUAUGUGUACUUCUCUGACCCCUUCUCUGAUUCAACUAACUCGAGGCCACAGUCCCAUAGUCAGGCUGCUAUGAGGAUAUGACGAGUUUAAUUCUAAAACGCUGUAUAUACAUUUUCAGAAAUGUUUGUAAAUGAGCUUUUGUAGUUUAAAGAACUUAUUAAAGAGAUUGGUGUGUUUUUUCACUAUCUAAUCAUGGCACGGGGUUGUUCAAUGACAGACAUGUCAUUGUUUGGAUUCGAUCACUUGGUGGUUUCAUUUCGGAGAGAUAAAUAUUCAUGUUUUGUUGCAAAACGCUAUAUAUCCGCCUCAUUCUCGGAGGAAUAACUAGUACUGCUAGGUUUAACACAGUCAAAUGUAAUAAAUAUAAAUAAAAUUCAUAAAGAACUGCACAAAUGACAUUUGUUACAUCAAUAUAAAAAAUGAAACAAAGUAAUAUGAGAUCUGUAGGCUGUAAAAUAAUUACAUUUGAGUCAUUUAGCAGACACUCUUAUCCAGAGCGACUUACAGUUUGUGCAUUCAUCUUAAGAUGGUUAGGUGAGACAAACAUAUCAGUCAAAUGUACAAAAUUCGAGCUAAACAAUGGGAAUAUAGAGUUUUGCUUAUAAAUAAAUAAUUAAACACCUAAAAUCUAUGAAUUAAAAGUCGGAAAACACAUUUUACACCCAUGAAGAUACCCGUAAGAAAUAAUUUCUGAUGAAAAAACGUGGGAAAAUGGGUGAAUAUAGCGUUUUUGGAACAAAACUCUUCAUAUAGACAGUCUCUUCCUCAUGUACGAUAAUGUUAUACAAUCAUAUCAUAUUUUGGACUAAACACCAAAGGAACUCCAAAAGAUUGAGCUUAGUGUAGAUGGAAGAACAGCCUCUAUUCGUAGGUCAUGGACUCUACAAGGUGUCGAAAGCGUUCCACAGGGAUGCUGGCCCAUGUUGACUCCAAUGCUUCAGUUGUGUACAGUUGUCAAGUUGGCUGGAUGUCCUUUGGGUGGUGGACAAGGGAUCAUAGCUUUCACUCUACAUCUUGAAAAGAGCACGAGGUGUUUUCCCAAAGCAAGUAUAGAAUAGGCUACCUACUGACAUGUAGUCACUCACUGGCAGUGUGCUCUCCUAGUUUCCAGAACUUUCUCAGUUCAGUCAAUCAAUGCAAUUUUCUGUUUACUGAAUAUCAAGUGCUGUUGAAAUUGUAUGUAGUUGCUCUCAUGUGAAUUUCUCUUGUUCAUAAUUUAUUUCUGUUUGUUUUUUUUUCAUUAUUUUUUGCAAG